UCUCUCAACGCAAACGGUUCUUAGCAGCGCAAUGUCUGUUCCUAUCAUCAACCUUGCUCCCAACUUGCCAGUUUCCAGGCUCUGCUUAGGAACCAUGACAUUUGGCGAGCAAAACAGUUUGUCUCAAUCCUUUCGCCUUCUUGACGAAGCUUUCGACGCUGGAAUCAACUUCUUCGACUCCGCGGAGAUGUAUCCGGUGCCUCAGCGUUCUGAGACUCAGGGUAGAAGCGAGGAGUAUUUUGGUCGUUGGAUUAGAUCGAGGAAGAUUCCUCGUGACCGAGUAGUCUUUUCUACCAAGGUUUCCUUUAAGUUUCACUGUGUAGCUGGGCCAUCUGGACAAAUGACUUGGAUUCGGGGUGGACCAAAGUGUUUGGAUUCUAGGAAUAUAACUGAGGCCAUAAACAAUAGCUUGCAUCGUGCACAAAUCGACUACAUUGACCUUUAUCAAAUACACUGGCCUGACCGGUAUGUACCAAUGUUUGGAGAAACUGAAUAUGAUCCAAAACGACAGUAUGAUUCGAUUAGCUUGGAGGAACAACUUGAUGCUCUCGGCAAAGCUGUUGAUGCCGGUAAGGUCAGAUACAUUGGUCUCAGUAAUGAAACGCCAUAUGGUGUCAUGAAGUUCCUCCAGGUUGCCGAAAAGGUUGCUUGUUAUCCUAAAAUAGUAUCUGUACAGAAUUCAUAUAGCUUGCUCUGCAGAACAUUUGAUUCUGGACUGGCCGAAUGCUGUCAUAAUGAGAGAAUCAGUUUAUUAGCUUAUAGCCCUCUUGCAAUGGGCAUCCUUUCUGGGAAGUAUUUUAAACAAGAUGGGGGUCCAGACGCAGCGCGGUUAAAUCUUUUUAGAGGAAAGUAUUCUGAAGGGGAAUCCCGAUAUAACUUAUCCAAUAGCACCAUUAAAGCUGCUACUAUGGAGUACCUUGGCAUAGCAGAAAGACAUGGUCUUCAUCCUGUAUCACUUGCAAUUGCUUUUGUUUUGAGGCAUCCCCUUGUUGCAAGUGCUAUAUUUGGUGCUACUCAAUCAUGGCAGCUGCAGGACACCCUCAGAGCUUGCAAGGUUGAGCUCACAUGCGAAGUUAUGGCUGAAAUCAAUAGAGUUCACUCAAGGUUUACUAAUCCAUGUCCUUGAUUUACUUGCCUACUUCAUUUUGAAAAUUGCUGCAAGAACCAUGGUGAUAUUUUAUAAUAUUGUGGCACAUGACAUUGGGCCGAAAAAAAGGAUUCGGAGCAUUUAUUUUAGUGCUUAUCAGUCUGCAAUACAUAAUGUUGUUGAGAUCGGGAAGCAAGUGACCAUUUGGGACGUGUGUGUUCAUCUAUCGCGUCACUGCUAAAUCGACCGUGGGUAAGACAAUCACUUGUCCUUGGCGUGCUAAGUGAAAACAGGUCAUGAGCUGUACUAGAGAUGAUCUCGGUAUGAAAACACGUUGUCAACCUCAAUAGCGACAUGUAAUUCGAGAUUUGAUCGUAAAAAUUGUAGAUCGUCCUUAUCUUUAAAAUGGUCAUGAGGAAAGAUUCAAAUUUGAACAAUGAGGAAGAAGGAAUUUUUUUUCAGC